CUUCUGUUGAUUUCUCUUCUUUUUGAGUAUUCAAAUUCGAAAAUUUUAUUAGCUUUUGUUUUUGUUUAAUUUUUCCUUUGAAAUAUUUUGUUUAUAAGUUUCGAAAAAAAUUCUAAAUUACAACAAUUCAAUAUCUCGAAUAAGUUUAAGACCAACUGCUACUUACUACGGUCCAACUCAGCAGUUAAAAAAAAAUAAAAUAAAAAAAGAAUAAUAUUAUAUAAAUCGCCUCAAUAUGUUUAGCGACUGCGAUAACUGUAAAUGUGACGCGAAUGGCGCUUGUGCUGAUGGACAACGUUUAAUGGGCAUGGAGCAGUUUACCCUACCCUCCUAUGAUCAAUGGCAGCCAUCGAUCGAUUUUAUGCUGUGGCCGCCGGGCAGUUGCGAAUAUGGCUGUCACGUGGGUAUCUGUUCGAACACGCAGCCACAAAGAGACUGUUGUGACGGCUAUAAAAAUCGGAAUCUACCCAGAUCACCAUGGUCGUCCACAGUCCCGUGUCAUAGUGCAACAACUAAAAAUCUCUCGUACUGCCGGCCCUGUUCGACUGCGAACCGUUGCAUGCGACGUAACCAUACUUCUCCGGAGAAUCCAUUGUUCCACCCGACGCUGGCGUUUCGUCAUAAGGAUCUUCCCUUACAGACACCGGUGUGGAGGCCAAAUGGACCAACACAACGAUUUUCCGAGAAACUUUAAUAAACUUAAGAAAUUUUAUUUACAUGUAUAUCGGUGAAUGCAAGACCAAACGGCUUAAGUCGAUUUUUGGAAGUUUUGAAGAACACACUUUAUUUGUUGUUUUUGGCGCUCAAAAUGCAUUUCAUGAUUUCAAUUGUUGAUUUUGGAACAAAUACCAUAAUUUUGAGAUGUUGAAAUUUGCUGCCAUAAACAAUAAAGGGGUUAUAAUUCGGUUCUGCCUUAACUCGAUUUGAGCUGUUUUGCUUUUAAGUCAUCCUACGGAUAAUUUGGAUAGUCUAAUUAAAUGUACACAAACAUAAAUUCUCAUAUACUUAUGCACAUUGUAAAACCAAUAAAAAGUACAGCUUAAAAGGGAAUGAAAAUAAA